CAGUGAUUCAGUCGCGUGUAACUGAGCACAUGAAUUUGUACUCGUUCCAAAACGGACGAUGUCUUUCGCUUUCUAUGCGUUUCCUCCCCCCCUCUCCGUUAUUUCGGCAGCUCCAAUCACGCCGCGUUAUUUAUUUCCCGGCCGUUACCUCCCCCUCACACGGCCUCCGUUUUCCCAUUAUCCCCGCCGUUAUCUCUCAGUUUUCCAGCAGCCGGUCUCCCAAUUUGUGGGCCGUUUACCGGUUUCUGGGAUUCCGGUUAUCUUAUUUUCCGGCGAAGGGGGGCAUUUUAUUCGGGAUCAAAGCGGUGUAAGCCGUCGGGUUCUGACGCGAGCGGCCGUGAUGUUGCCGGAAAACCAGGUGGUGCGGGACGUGGCGGCAGCGGCGAUCGCGGCGGGCGCGGCUCUUGGGCUUCUGCGGUUCUGGGAUGAGAUGGCCAAGCGCGGGGUUUUCGACCAGAAACUGAACCGUAAGCUUGUGCAUAUAAGUGUGGGGCUGGUCUUCAUGCUUUUCUGGCCUUUGUUCAGUUCCGGACAUGAGGCAGCAUAUCUAGCAGCUCUAGCUCCAGGGAUCAAUAUAAUUCGAAUGAUUUUAUUGGGCUUGGGUAUUAUGAAAAAUGAGAAUAUGGUCAAAUCAAUGAGCAGAUAUGGAGACCACAGGGAACUAUUGAAGGGGCCCUUAUACUAUGCGUGUACCAUAACUCUGGCAACUGCAGUUUUCUGGAGAACUUCCCCUAUUGCCGUUGCUGCUAUCUGCAACUUGUGUUCUGGAGAUGGGUUUGCUGACAUUGUGGGAAGGAGAUUUGGGACCUUAAAGCUUCCUUACAAUAUGAACAAGUCCUUCAUGGGUAGUAUCACCAUGGCUGUUGCGGGCUUCAUGGCAUCGAUUGGGUACAUGUAUUACUUCUCCUUAUUCGGCUUCUAUAAUGCAAGCUGGGACUUAGUGACUGGCUUCUUUCUCGUCUCUCUAGCUGCUUCAAUUGUGGAGUCUCUUCCAAUCAGUACAAAACUAGAUGAUAAUCUCACUGUUCCAUUGACUUCUUUGAUUGUUGGUUGGCUUAUUUUUUAGUUUAUGUAAACUAGCCAUUCCUUGGAUGGUUUAGUCAUAUUAGCAGUGGAGAUCAACACUGUAGGCUUUCGCAUCCCAAAUACAGUGUGCAUGUAUCCUUGGCAGUCGUCACCCUUCUGGAUUUGCAUUCUCAGCUUAUGGAAAAUCCACUUAAGAAGUUGGAAACUAAAACUGACAGUGAAAAACUUUUGGCAUUUGAUUUGAUUCAAUUAGUGCGAGCCGUAUUCCUUUUUUAUGAGGCAC